AUGGCGGGAUUCCCUCUAGGCGGAGGAGGCCACCACAGCCGCGGCGGACGCGACGACGACGGCAGCCACCCUCCCGGCAUCAACCCCUCGUCGUCUUCCUCUGCGGCCGCCUUCCUCUACGCCACCACCCCAUCGCGCGGCGGGUUCCAGCUAUGGCAGGGGCAGCCACAGCCGCAGCACGAGCAGCAGCAGCACCCGUUCUACGGCGGCGCCUCCUCCAGCAUCAUCCGCUUCGCCGAUGACCCGGCCGCCUCCGGGUCUUCGUCGCGGUGCGGAGGGAGAGGGUCUGGGGCGGGCACAAUCAGCUGCCAGGACUGCGGCAACCAGGCCAAGAAGGACUGCCCCCACAUGCGCUGCCGCACCUGCUGCAAGAGCCGCGGCUUCGACUGCGCCACCCACGUCAAGUCGACGUGGGUCCCUGCCGCCCGCCGCCGCGAGCGACAUCACCAGCAGCCGCAGGGGCAGGCCUCCGCCGAGCCGUCCAAGCGCCCUCGCGAAGGCGGCCAGCCCUCCUCCGCCACGCCUACCACUACUUCUUCAGGGGAGCAUCAGCAGCAGAUGAUGGCGGCCGACAGGUUCCCGCGGGAGGUGAGCUCAGAGGCAGUGUUCCGCUGUGUGCGGCUGGGCCCGGUCGACGAAGCCGAGGCCGAGGUGGCGUACCAGACCACCGUCAGCAUCGGCGGCCACGUCUUCAAGGGCAUCCUGCACGACGUAGGCCCAGACACCUCCAUCACCGGCGGGACCCGCGCCGGCCACCACGCCGCCGAAGGUUCCUCCCCAAGCACGGCAGCUGCUGGCGGCGCCGAAGGAGGCAGCGGAUCUACGGGUGCCGCCGCAGUGUCGUCAUCAGCUGUGGUGAUGGACCCGUAUCCCACGCCCGGCCCGUACGGUGCUUACGGCGGCGCGCCAUUCUUCCACGGCCACCACCCGAGUACGACACAGCAUUUAGGGGAACUCAGAAGCUUAGUACUCCCUCCAAAAGCCGAAAUAAUGAGUGCACUUACUUGA